AUGGGAGUGGGACAGUCAGGAACAGACUGUCCCCCUUUAGAGUGUUUCAUUAACAACUUUUCAGACUUUUCUUCCAGGGCAGCCGGUUACGGUGUUGAGAACGCUGAAAGUGCAAAGUGCCUUCCUGUAAAGCUGGUACAGUUUGCAGAAGAUGUCUCGCCUAAUAGAAAUAAGGAUGUCCGCUCGGGGCAGCGCAGGGCUCUCUCGGGACUGAGUCAGCGCCGCGGCCGAGAAGUUCGGCGGGAGGCGCAGGGCGGGGCUUCCUCCCGUCGACACCGAACCCGGCUCUACUUUUCCGAGUCUACGUCUCUUCCUUUGGACGGCUGGGGCAGCCCGGGCCAACUCAGUCAAACAUUUCGCCGACUGCAGCGCGCGGCUCCUCCGGGCCAGGCCCACCGAACGCCUCAGUUUUUGGGCCGCAUCUCGCGGCGCCGAGCGCGGCAUCGUCGGAAUGGAGACCGGCUCGGACUCAGGUCAGAGGCCCGCGCGUCCACUCCGCGCCGGGUCGCAGCGGACUGCCCCGGGCGCGAAGGGAGGGUAGGCCGGGCCGCCAGCCCAGGCCGCCGCGUGCGGAGCUACCUCUGCCCGCGAUCCGCCCUAACCCGGGGUGGAUGGGGGCACUGCAGCCCAGCCCCCUACCCCCGGGCGCCUGGCCCGGCGCGGGGACCAGAACGUCGGGGUGGCGGGCAGUGUCAGCCCGUCCCAUCUGACCCCGCCGUGGCGACUGACCCCAUCUCUGAGACCAUCUCUAGAAAUGGGGCUUUCGGAGAGUGGGUGAAGAUGUCUUCAUGUGACACCCUAGAAAUCAGUUGA